CCCACCCCCAGCAUACGGCGAUGGAAAUAGCCAAUGUGAGUUCUCCAAAAGUCUUUGUCCUCCUGGGCUUCUCUGCACGACCCUCACUAGAAACGGUCCUCUUCGUAGUUGUCUUGGGUUUUUACGUGGUAUCGAUCUCAGGCAAUGGCAUCAUCAUUCUGCUCUCCUGUAUGGACGUGCACCUCCACACACCUAUGUACUUCUUUCUAGCCAACCUCUCCUUCCUGGACAUUAGCUUCACCACGAGCAUUGUCCCACAGCUCCUGGCCCACCUGUGGGGACCACAGAAAACCAUAAGCUAUGGAGGGUGUGUGGCCCAGUUCUAUAUCUCCCACUGGCUGGGGGCAACCGAGUGUGUCCUGCUAGCCACCAUGUCUUAUGACUGCUAUGCUGCCAUCUGCAGGCCACUCCAUUACACUGUCAUUAUGCAUCCACAGCUUUGCCUGGGACUGGCUUUGGCCUCAUGGCUGGGGGGUCUGACCACCAGCAUGGUGGGCUCCACGCUCACCAUGCUUCUACCGCUGUGUGGGAACAAUCGCAUCGACCACUUCUUUUGUGAGAUGCCCCUCAUCAUGCAACUGGCUUGUGUAGACACCAGCUUCAAUGAGGUGGAGAUGCACCUGGCCAGCUUUGUCUUUGUUGUCCUGCCUCUGGGGCUCAUCCUCUUCUCUUACGGCCACAUUGCCUGGGCGGUGUGGAAGAUCAAGUCCGCAGAAGGGCGGAGAAAGGCAUUCAACACCUGCUCUUCCCACGUGGCCGUGGUGUCCCUGUUUUACGGGAGCAUCAUCUUCAUGUAUCUCCAGCCAGUCAGGAGCACCUCCCACGAGCAGGGCAAGUUCAUAGCUCUCUUCUAUACCGUAGUUACUCCUGCGCUGAACCCACUUAUUUACACCCUGAGGAACACGGGGGUAAAGAAUGCCCUCCGGCACACCGUGUUAGAGAACUGCUGUGGCUCUGCAGGCACACGGGCACUGAUUUAGAGACUCCAGCCCCUUCUGAGGAGGAACAUCGAGUUUACAUUGAGCAAACGGACCUUGGAGGACGGGGUACUUGGAUAUCGUUUUUCUUCUAACAUUGUUUGAGUUCAAGGUAGAUGGAAAUCUGAAAGCAGUGUGCUCACACCAUUUCCAGACCAAGAAAAUACAUGUAUUGUUUGUUCAUUAUCACAGUUUUGUUAAUUUGUCUUUGUUGGGUUUUGCUGUAUAUACACAUGUUGACUGUCAUCUUGUUUUAUAAACUUUCGUUGUUAUACAUCUGUUCCUCAGUAUCCGAAGGGGGUGGAUUCCAGGACCCUCCAUGGAUAAUAAACUCUGAUAAUGCUGGGAGCACACGGGGAGACCAGAGCCCCCCACGUCUUCCCAGUCGUCGGCCCUGUGCCUGGGGUGAGCUGGGAGGAAACGUGGCGCCAUCCGAACAAACUAGGAGGCCAUGAGGCUGUGGGGGAUGAGGGAGGCUCCAGGGGCACGGGCUCGGCCACAUGUUUAGCCCACGGAGCCAGCAGGCGCACGUCCUGGGCGACCGCUCUGUCGAGCUGGGCGAGACCUGCUAGUGCUGAUGGCUCAUAGUUACGAGACAUUUUCAUAUUCUAUCCAUUGUUUUGUGUGCAUUUUACUACUCACUUCUGUAUAUAUAGUUAACAAUGUUAAGCUUUUUCGAAAUGUCUAUUCCUUCUAGAUGUUCUGAAGUGCCUGAUAUAUGUUAAAAUUAGAGGUAGUAAAAUGACACUUUGUGUAAAUAACUUUUCAUUAAAAUUCACAGGAAAUGUUAUUUUGUGGUGGGGGGUGGCAUGGCGACUGUGGACUGGUUCAGAGGAGGAGCGGGAAGUGCAGAGAGCUCUACGCCAGUGUGCUUGCAGUGAGGUAAGACUCACCAUUGUUUCUUAUGAUUGUGCAUUUUGUUUUACUUAUCUGUAUAUACAGUGUAUAUAAAAGACAGAUGAGUCCUAAUUUACAACAGCUGGUCUUUCCAGAUGUUAAAGAACUUGCCAGUGUAUGAAAAAAGUAGAGCUA